CGCGCUUGCGCGUAUUCUUGCAUAUACAUAUAUACGUUUGUGUGUGUGUGUGUUGUAUGCAAACUGUUUCCACCGGAUAAAAAGAUAGGCAAAGACGCAUUUUCCGCAUGUCUGGUUCUGCCAAUUUUCCAGGCGCAUGUACGCACAUACACACCCCGUCUUUAUCGAAUAUGGAAUCUCCCGUUGGGUUUGGGGUUGCGAGCAAGGGGGGCUGGCAGACAAGAUUGGGUUUCUGGCACCAGGCUGUGGUUCGUGCGGACGUUGGGCGAAAAAAAAUAAAACUCCCCGCGAACCUUGGGUCCAUGUAGCCCUUGUCCCCAUGUCGACAUGUGACGACAUCAUUUGCAUGCCGUACGAUGGGCCGUGUACGUAGGGUACUCCGAUGGGUUUUUGUGAAGAGGGAAAAAAGUAAGGAAGAGAGAGGAAAAAACCACUUACACCAAUGCUGCAGCCUU